AGGAGCGCACAGAGAGAAGCGCAGUCCGAUAGAGCAGCGGUGAGGCUUUAUCUUCCCUCACACAUCUGAACACACCAACACACACACAGCCUCGCUUUUCCACACACACCUUUACAUAUUAUCAGGGGAGGUUUACAGACAUCGAGGAGUCUUUCAUGAGAAAAGUCCACAAACUAAAGACAGAAUGGAUGCUUCACAGCUGCUGUUUCUGCUGCUGCUCUACGGAUACCUGCCAAAAGUGUCAUCGGUGCAGAUGUGCGAUGUGAUGAACGACAUCAGACUGGAGAAAGAGCGCUGUGAGAAUAGCACCUAUGGGAACGUCACUUCAGGUUGCCAAGGCAUGUGGGACAUCAUCGCCUGUUGGCCUUCAGCCAGAGUCGGAGAGGUGGUUACAAUAAGCUGCCCCACUUACUUCAGUUACUUCAGCGACGAGCACAAAGGUAACCUCUCCAAAACCUGCACAGCAGAUGGCUGGACUGAGAUGCAUCCCAUUGACAUCGCAAUGAACUGUGGAUAUAAUCUCAACAGCACCAGCGAUGAUGGCAAGUUUUUCUGGCAAGUGAAGAUUGGCUACACGGUUGGCCACAGUGUUUCCCUCAUAUCUCUGACCACAGCCAUCGUGAUCCUCUGCCUCUUCAGGAAGCUCCACUGCACGAGGAACUACAUCCACAUGCAUCUUUUUGUGUCAUUCAUCCUGAAGGCCAUCGCUGUGUUCAUCAAGGAUGUUGUCCUCUACGAGGUCGGGGAGGUGGACAACUGCUCUUCAGGCUCUGUUGGCUGCAAAGUCGUGAUUGUGUUCUUCCAGUACUGCAUAAUGGCCAGUUUCUUCUGGCUGCUGGUGGAAGGCCUUUAUCUUCAUGCAUUGUUGGCUGUCUCUUUCUUCUCCGAGAGGAAGUAUUUCUGGGCUUACAUUCUGAUCGGCUGGGGAGGUCCAACAAUUUUCAUCACAGCGUGGAGCAUUACUAAAGCCUACUAUAACGAUGUGGGGUGCUGGGAUAUAAUCGAGAACACUGAUGUCUUCUGGUGGAUCAUUAAAACCCCUAUUUUGGCGUCAAUCCUGAUGAACUUUAUUCUAUUCAUCUGCAUCAUACGAAUACUUCGCCAGAAGAUCAACUGCCCAGAUAUUGGAAGAAAUGAAUCCAAUCAGUACUCGAGGCUGGCGAAAUCAACACUGCUUUUGAUUCCUCUGUUUGGAAUCAAUUUUAUCGUGUUUGCAUUCAUCCCAGAGCAAGUGAAGACUGAGCUGCGGCUGGUUUUUGACCUGAUUCUGGGGUCGUUUCAGGGCUUUGUGGUCGCAGUUCUUUACUGCUUCCUCAACGGAGAGGUCCAAGGAGAGAUCAAGAGGAAGUGGCGGAGGUGGCACCUGCAGAGAUACAUGGGCUCCGACACCAAAUACCAACAUCCAUCAAUCGGCAGCAGCAGCAACAACUUCAGCACCCAGAUCACCAUGUUGACGCGAUGCAGCCCGAAAACACGGCGGGCUUCAGCUUCCUGUCACGACGACCUGUCUAGCAUAUGACGCACACAGACAGCGAUACGUGCUGUAAAAAAAAUACUGUGGUGCCAAACAUUAGGCAGACUGUGAGCUCUAGAAUAAAGAAAUACGCACUCCCUCAUUAGCAAAUGCAUUCUUGGAGGAAGUGCUACUUGAGUGUGAUGUGAACGAAGGAAAGUGUUGAGACAGCAGACAAAAAGAUAUAAGAAAAUAGUGUGACGGCUUCUAAGCAGCUUUUAAUCUCCAUGCUUUUUGAAAAAAAUUGGUUGAAGUGACAAAGAUACAAGCGCGUUGCUUUGCAGACACAGCUUUUGCACAUUUAAAUGAGAACUGUUCACUUUUUUUUGUAUUCCAUGAUUCAGUGCACAUGUACAGGUGAAUUUGUGAGUUUUACCAUUACGGAUCGUUUGGUCAGUUGUUAUUAGGCUCCCCGUGUGCUCAGACACGAUGCAAGGCAAAAUGUCACAUAAUAAUGGGGUUAGGUGAGGGAAUCUAAAUGUGAAUGGCACCAGCAGCCCCGCACUAGAUGUAAUUACGCGCUGAUUAAAAAUCACUUAGUGGAUUCCUGCAGUGCCAAAUGAACAAGGCUGGUGCGAAGACACAGCCGUUUGAAGAAAAGGAGCUGACGCUUUCCAACAGGGAAUCACAUUAUUUACAUUGUUACAGUGUGCAGCGACACCACGGGCAAAGAAAACUACCAGAAAUGCAUUAUGGGGGAGUGUUUGAAUGUGAGUGGUGAUAGAAAAAAAAACACAUUUUAAUGCAUUUUUAUGCGACUAAAAAGAACCAAACUGUGUGUAGGAACACAGAAAAAAGUUUUUUCCAUAAAUGCCAAAUGAAUGCAGCUUCAGACCGGGUGACCAGUGUGAUGCUGAUUCACAAUGAUGGGUUUGGAGUAUAAAUGCCCUUCUCUGCACUAUCACUCUCACCAGAGACUGAUUGCCCUUUGCCUUCCCUUGUAUCAGCACAGCCCCUCCUCUUGUGUGAUUCUGAGCCUGUUGUAGGUUUGUUUUCUGUUAUUUGAGGCACUGUGGCAGUUUUGUGCCAAUCACUGACGAGUGGCUGGUUUCAGUGUUUUGAAGUGACACUUUCAGUCGAAUCUUCACCGGCUGCUCUGGAGAGGAAAUGCCUUAAAGCAAUUCAGUCCUUGAAUGUUUACAUUUAUGUGGGAGGUGUCCUUAAACAUCACACAGAAAAACAUGUUGUUGUGCCAUAGCGAUCGUAUUGUGGCUCCGAUAUCAGUAAUGUUAUUGCUGUUUAUUGCAACAUGUGGGAUUUAAAGGAAUAUUUAAACAAGCUUGUUUAUGUAGCAGUCUGUGGCUAAAUGCCAACAGCUAAAUAAAAGGCACUGCAUUACACUUAAAACACUCCUCAGACCUGUACAGAGAAGCUGACUUGGUGCUGCUUCAGUAGAUCCUAAAUUGUCAGAAUCUCUUCCAGAAUCCUCCGUUGGUUUGUCAGGUUUAAGCUGACAUGUCAGUAGAGCCGCUAUGUAAAGCAAAGCAAGGUGACAAGGAUGACUGGUCCUGUCACAGCGAUGCUAUCGUUAAGCUUUUCAGCUUAUGAGGUUGGACUUGAAAGUCACUUGCAUGUUCAUGCAAGAGGGAACAGAGGAAGGUCCGGCUUUGCCUGGAGAAAAAAAAACAUAAGCUCAACCUGCAGCUGAUAUAGGGUCAGACUGCCACAGACCACCAUGUGAAAUUAAAGGGAAAUGUUGCCUUUUAUGUGGAUGUCCAGUUAGUGUUGAUGGUAAAUGUUGUCAACUGAAGCAAUGAAUUCCUCAGUGUGUGCUAUACUAUAUACCGAGAACGCUGAGUUCUGCUGUUUGCAGAGCCAUGGAGACAGUCCCAGUACCAGGAUCCACUGCAAACAAGCUUCUGAUGCCCAUUGCCAUUACUUUGUUAGCCAAAACAGCAUAAAAUGAAACAAUAGUCAGUGGUUGGAUGCCAUCUCGGCCCUGCUAGGCUUAAUUCUCUUUUCCAGCUUAUCUUCAGGAUCCUGAAGACUGUAUUAAACCCAGUUCAGACCAGUGAUUCAUGCAGAGACAAAACUGCUUUAGAAUGUUGCAGAGAAAGGUUGCAGUGGUGUGAACUGGCCGGCUGAUGGUGUCACCUGCAGCUCAGCUGGUCAGAUCGCAUCAUUGACAAAUCACACAUGGACUGUCUCAGGGUCGGUGUUGGCGACAACAUCCAACAAAAACUAUUCACGCUUUAAUUCAUUGUAGCGGAGUGAUUUAGUUUCUGUUGGCAUCAGAGGGCAAUUUGAACAAAGGCACCGCCAGUUGGUGUUUGCUCUCUGCAGCUCAAGUUCUAGAUGGGGCUCCAGCAGCCAGAUCCUCCUGCAGCCACAGCCUCAUUUUUUCAACUAGAUUCUCUGGUUCAAAUAAAUACAGCUGAAUAUCAGUCAGCCAAAACACUUUAAAAUAGAUUCUCAUCCAAAGCCAAUUUUGCUGUUGGAAACAUACUUAGUUUGCAAUACAAGCACAGAGAACAAGGAAGUUCUUUAUUUGAGUGGCGUCAAGAGCACGGCUCCCGGCUAGUCAGAGGAGAAAUCAAAGCUAGAAUAACCUGUAGUUCUUCCCUGCCUCCAAAUGAAGCUCUAGUGAAAGUUAGUCAGGAAGACAAUACUCUUCAUGCUCAGGCUCUAAGUUUCCUCCACUCCUUGCAUGCAUGCUCACUCACUUGAUGCACAAUCAACCAGUUCAUACCUUCUCUGUCAGCCUAUCAUCUCACUGCUCCUCAUUUUAAAUAUGGUUCUUCCUCUGCUGUAAUUCUUUCUCGCUGUAGUAGUCAUCACCACCUAGUUUUUACAGAUUCAUCAGCCUCAAAUGCCUCAGCAGUCAUCAGCCUCAGAGUCAUCAGCCAGCACCUCCACCAGUGUCUUAAGUCCAUGGGGGGAUUUAUCCUGCUGUCGCUCAGAUGUCCCUUGAUCCCAAUAUAUCUCCCUCUGGGGUCCAAGUGCCAAAUAAAAGACUUCUGUUAAAUCUUACGCUCAUAUUCUGUAUUAAAUAUUAUCUAUACUUCAUUCUUCUGUCUCCUGAUUGAACUAUACCCCUGUCACAUCUAAUGAUGGCGAUAGAUGCAGGAAGAACAACAGAUUUUGCUGCUGAGAACUCGUCUUUCUUGGUCAAUAUAGCACGCAUCGAAGAAUUUAUUGCUCCAGUGGACUCCAUUAGCAUCAACACUGACUGGACAUCUACAUAAAAGGUGGUGAACUUUCCCUUUAAAUAACACACGCUAAUGUUGAUGAACAUCAAAGGCCUUCAUAGUGUAUGGGAGGUUUUGUUUGUGAUAAAGACUUAAGGGAGCAGUACAAUGUUUUUGGAAAUAUUCACUUUCUAGUAAACAGAUGAAAAGACUGAUACCACUCUCAGUGGUAUCAGUCUUUUCAUCUGAUUCUUGGCAAGAGAGCACGUCGGCGUAUUUCCCAAAAUGUCAAGCUAUUCCCUUCACGACUCAUUAUACCACAUUGUUUUGUGCCUGUCUUCUGUUGUCAGUAAAGUUCAAUGUAAUUGUGUGAAUUUGUACCUCUCAUAAUGGUGAAUGUAAAUACAUAUGUACAUAUUGAAGUAACAAUCUAAAUAUACAGUGUUUUCAAGUCACGGGUGUAGGUGAAUAUACAGUAAUCUUCUUGUGUUAAGGUGACCUGGCAUGGUGUUUUGUACCAGUGAGACAAUAUUAAGAAGUGAUAUUGAAUCAAGAAUCAUCCAAUUGUGCACUUACAAUAAGUAUUCAGUAUAGAAGCAUGUGUACUAUAGAUUUGUUUAUUUGCAAACUGGAUAUUGUGUUGUGUAUAUUUAAGAUUUGUUUGUGUGUAACACUGCUGCAUAAAAUUGUGAAGCUACAAAUGUACUGUCAGUAUUUAUUAUCGUAAGUUUUUAUUUCUGCUCACAUAAGACCACUUCUUUUGUCUAUUAAUAUUAUUAUUACUGUUACUAUGAUCAUGGUUAAUUUUGUUAUACAGUGCAUGUAAAGACUUGUGUUGGCAGGAAAUUUAACUCACCAUAAAAUUUUCACAUUGUUCCACUCAAACUGU